CAUUUAAAGGCGAUGGGGCUUGCCAAACGGGAUUAACCAGAGAACGACAGCCAGGAACGACAACGUUAUACCUGGGCCAACUAGGAUGUUAUUAGACAAACGCUAGUGACAAAAAUAAGACAUCGAAUAACCGAAUAAUAAGUAAAUCGUCAAUCUUAGGCCAUGUCCACACCGGCUAGAAGGAGACUCAUGAGAGAUUUUAAACGGCUACAAGAAGACCCCCCAGCUGGUGUCAGUGGAGCCCCAUCUGAAAACAACAUUAUGGUCUGGAAUGCAGUCAUUUUCGGCCCUGAAGGAACUCCGUUUGAAGAUGGUACUUUUAAACUCAUUGUAGAGUUCACAGAAGAAUACCCCAACAAGCCUCCCACAGUACGAUUUGUGUCAAAGAUGUUUCAUCCCAAUGUUUAUGCAGAUGGUAGUAUUUGUUUGGACAUCCUGCAGAAUCGUUGGAGUCCUACUUAUGACGUGUCUUCUAUUCUUACCUCCAUCCAGUCUUUGCUGGAUGAACCCAACCCCAACAGUCCGGCCAACAGCCAGGCUGCUCAGCUGUACCAGGAGAACAAGCGCGAGUACGAGAAGAGAGUGUCCGCCAUCGUCGAGCGAAGCUGGCGAGACAGUUGACCUGGCCGACCUCAUCCAGUCAAAGCGGUGUGUGUGGGCGCGCUCAAAAGUUAGCCUCUUAAUCUCCUCACCUUUUUUUUUCUUCUUUUUUUAAGAUUUUAUGCACUUUACCUUCCACUUCCCUUCAUAGAUUUGCCUGCCAAGAGGGAAUUUGGUUUUAUAUCUAUCAUUCUAGUCCUGCAUUUGCCUUGUUUGUGGGCUCCAGCUUUACUUUAUCCUGCUUAACGUCAUGGGUGCACCGACAAUGUCAUUUCCCCCACCUUCUGAGCAUCGUGGACUCCAAAAAUUGUUACACCAUGUUUUUUGUGUUUUUUUGCAUGCACGACAGAUUGAACAUCCAUACCUCUUCCCUCUUAAAGUACUCGUGUGUGUGUGUAUAUAAGAAAUCUGCAUCUGAAUAUAUAUGUACAGAUUUUG